AUGGCUUCGCAGGCCUCCCAGGCGGAGCGUAGUUGCAGUGCUUCGUAUCGAAACAGCAGCCAAGGGAGGCGACGGAGAACAACUUGUUACUGUGGGAAAAGGCCAGUGCUUGUGACUUCAUCAACGGCAGAGAAUCCCGGAAGGAGGUUUUUGGGCUGUGUUAACUAUGGGAUUGGAGAAGAGUGUGGGUACUUUGUAUGGGCAGAGUCAGAAAAGGAGCAAGAAGUUGCUCGAUUGAAAAGGAAAAUCACAGGCUUGAAGGGUAAAGUGACAACACUUGAGAGGAUGUUAACAAUGGCAGUAGCAGUAGCUCUGUUUACAUUGUCAUGGAACAUCAUUGAAGUAACUAUUUGCAACCUUGAUUAA